AUGCAUGCGCGAACCAAACCUACGCGGCACCCUGUUCUAAAGCUUCUUUACCGACGAUUGAAAAACCACGAGUCCUUCUUUCUCUCCCCUAGCAGCCUUCAAGAUCUUGGAAUUCAGGCUUCUCAAGUGGAUAUAACAGAUGACGGGAUUCUGCAAUUCCAACCAUGUUUUUUCCGGCCUUACCCGGAGAGAGUCCUUCAAUUAUACCCACUUGACACUUCAGUUUUGCCCGAGGGCCUGCUAGAGCUCUACUAUCAGCCUGAAUUUGCUUCUAUGUUAGCAAAUGUUCGUUUGGAGUACCCAGAUGCGGAAGACCCUCUCAAAGUCGCAAGAGAGAAGUAUGAAGAAUGUGCUCGGGUGCACAAAGCCCCACGGAAGGGACGACCGGGAUUGUCUUCGCUUCUUGACUUAGGAUCCCUUCGAAUUCCGCUAACCAUCGAAGCCGAUCCUCCAACAUCUGAGGUCCGCUCUGGAGGGCCUGUCUGGGAGAUGAAGCGGUUGUUGGACAAUAGUCACGAAAACCCCCCUUUACCGCAUGCGAUUAUGGCAACCAUCGCACAUGUCCCCGCCAACUUUGAGCCCCAGAGCCUCACCCUAUAUGAAUUGAGAGCUAUCGUGAACAUGCUGGUCAUUCGCACAUCUCACAGGCCGUUCAGGAACUACCCCGUUCAUCCAUUAUUGCUUCUCUCUUACAUGGGCCAGAAGCACGGAAGAAUCAUUCAGGCUUCAUAUGAUGAGGAGGAAAAAUUGAUUCUACAAUAUUCCCAACUGUGGUGCUUUGAGGACGAGGCUACGGCGCCGGUGGAACCAUUUGUUCACUACAACAUCAGCCAACUUGUUGGGCUGGAGAGACCACAACUUGAUGUUCCAUUGCUUAGAGAGUCGGUUGCAUCCAUGAAUUUGACCUAG